AUGAUCAAACGGUCAAGCAUAAAAUUCACUACUUCCGAGCCAGGCCCUGCUCUCGAGGAGGCCUUGCACCGACUGACCUACCGUAGACACCUUCGCAGCGGGACACUCGCUCAACCCUGUCUCGCCGCUGUCAGUUCUUACGUAACUCGAUAUUACGCUGAAAGUCCAGGUUUAUCCACGCGACUGCUGUUGAAGUCGAAUAUUUGGCCGCUUACGCAACUACACCGGGCUUCGUUUGCCGCUCAGACUGGAGACGGUCGCUGGCUAGGAUGCGGUGAUAUUCUCGCGGUCAUCUGCGAUGCGACCAGGUAA